UUAUACGGGGUAUUUUUCUGAAGAAUUGUGGCCCACAUUGUUAAAAAAACGGUAUGUUGGGCCGAUUGCUGUUACCGUGGCCCACAAUGGGCAUAAAGCAGCAGUCCCUCGCUCUCUCCGCCCCGUAAAUGCACCUAUAAAUAUCUGUUUUCACUCUACUGAGCUCAACCAUUUUGGCAAUUUCCUCCGCCAAAACAUUGUGCCUAAAAUCUGCCCCCUUUCGGUACUAGGGUUUGUGGAAAUGAGUAAUCCCACAAAAUUGACGCCUCACUUGAACCAUCAGAGCACCAACAUGCUCAAUCUCACUGUUCUCCAGCGUAUGGAUCCCUUCAUUGAAGAGAUUCUCAUCACUGCUGCUCAUGUCACUCUCUACGAUUUCAACAUCGAACUCAAUCACUGGAAUCGCAAGGAUAUUGAAGGUUCCCUCUUUGUUGUCAAGAGGAACACUCAACCGCGAUUCCAGUUCAUUGUUAUGAACCGGCGAAGUACAGAAAAUCUUGUGGAGAAUCUCCUAGGAGACUUUGAGUUUGAACUUCAAGUUCCAUAUUUGUUGUAUCGCAAUGCAUCUCAGGAAGUGAAUGGAAUUUGGUUCUACAACCCAAAGGAAUGCGAGGAUGUUGCUAAUCUCUUUACUAGGAUACUUAAUGCAUAUGCUAAGGUUUCUCCCAAGCCUAAAAUAUCUUCAAACAAGAGUGAGUUCGGGGAACUGGAAGCAGCACCUACCGCUGCAGUUAUUGAAGCUUCUCUGGAGCAAUCUUUUCCAGCAGCAUCUGUAUAUGUACCUGAGGAUUCUUCCUUUUUAAACUUGUUCAAUGCAGCCACAAGUAUUGGACAGAGUUCUACAAAUGUCGCUAACUCUGGACAGCUGGGCCCCAUCCCUGUGUCAUCUCGUGUUCCCAUUGCUGUCCCUGCUCCUGCACCAUCCCUUCAGAUCCCAACCCAUCCUAAGUCUGUUCUGGCCUCAUCUCAAGUUCUAGUAGAUAUGAAUACUGACCCAGUAAACAGCAACAAUCAGGUCACCAGCCUUCUCACGCCCUCUUCCUUCUUUAUACCAUCCUCUUCGUCUGGGCAGUCAACUCAGCUUGUAGCUAUAUCUAUGCCAACUGCUAUUCACCCUCACCCAAAUGUACAACGCUCUCAUGGCGUUCCAAUGCUUCAACCUUUUCCACCACCCUCAUCACCAGUCUCUUUUACUCCUGUCACAUACCCCCCACCAAAUCAUGGAUCAUUAAGUAGAGAUCAAGUCCGCGAUGCGCUUAUGGCACUUGUUCAGGAAAAUCAGUUUAUCGAAAUGUUCUACCAGGCGUUGCUAAAAGUGCGUCAAUCAUAGACUAUUUAAGAACAAUGGGGGAGCAUUCGCCUGCGUAUGGACCAGGAAAUGCUUGAACGGUCAUAUUGUGUAUAGAUGGUCAGCUUUGCAAUUUUAAUGGAGAAAUUGCACUGUUGUCUGCUGGCAAUCAACUUGGAUGGGUAUAUAGAAUAGGCAUAGCACAUGUUUUUACUGAAAGUAUACAUACUUUCUGGUGUUUGUUUGUUUGUUUUUGUUUUUUGUUUUUUUUUUUUAAGAUUUAAACCUAGUUCUGCUUCAGAAUAUAUAUUUGCAUCUUGGAUUUGGAUUUGA